GUUUUCCAGACGUGUAGGUUUGAGAGUUCUGCUUCUAUGUUCUUUAGAACUUUUCAAGUUGGGCAGACAGAACUUAUAUGACUGCAUUUUUUCACGUUCAUGUAAAUUGCUUCCAAUAUGUCAUUUAAAAUAACAUAAUUUUGAAAAUUAAUCUGCCAGUGUGACUUUCCUAAUUUCAAGUUUACUACAAUCUAGACACUCUGCUCUAAAAAGAAAAUUCCCUAUUGUUAGUGUAUUUUAGCUGUAUUUUAAUGUUACAGGUGGAAAGUGGAACAUUGGGAAUAAAAGUUCAGAUGUGCUGAAUCUGUAUUACAUUAGCAGGGAGCAUCAUAAAAUCUUAAUCAAGUGAAAAUGGCCUUUACCAAUCUGACAUCAAAGGCUGUAUUAUUGUAUGAUGAAUGGAUUAAAGAUGCCGAUCCAAGACUGGAAGGCUGGCCACUCAUGUCUUCACCUUUUCCAACAACCUUUAUCGUUGGAACCUAUGUUUAUUUUGUCACUUCCUUGGGACCCAAACUCAUGGAAAAUAAAAAACCUUUUGAACUCAGGCAGAUAAUGGCGUUUUAUAACUUUAGUGUGGUAGCCCUUUCUUUAUAUAUGACUUAUGAAUUUCUUAUGUCGGGUUGGGCCACAGGGUACUCAUUCCGGUGUGAUAUUGUUGACUACUCAAGAUCACCUACAGCUCUAAGAAUGGUACGAACUUGUUGGCUUUACUAUUUUUCCAAGUUCAUUGAAUUAUUAGACACUAUAUUUUUUGUGCUGCGUAAGAAAAACAACCAAGUUACAUUCCUGCAUGUCUUUCAUCAUUCCAUCAUGCCAUGGACCUGGUGGUUUGGAGUCAAAUUUGCUGCAGGUGGUUUAGGAACAUUUCACGCUCUGCUGAACUGUAUUGUCCAUGUUGUCAUGUACACUUAUUAUGGAAUCUGUUCUUUGGGACCAGCCUAUCAUAAAUAUUUGUGGUGGAAAAAAUACAUGACAACUAUACAACUUGUCCAAUUUAUUAUGAUUACAGGCCAUAUAGGACAAAUCUACAUGAUGGAUGAUUGUCCAUACCAGUAUCCAAUUUUCAUGUUUAUUAUUUGGCUAUAUGGCUCUGUGUUUUUAGUCUUGUUUCUCCACUUCUGGUACCACGCUUACACGAAGGGACAAAGACUACCAAAGAUGGCAAGAAACGGGACCGGCAAAGAUCAGUGAAACAAACUCUUGUCUCUAAACCAAAAAAGUGUAUAUGUCAAAGUUUAAACUUGCACUACUUGACAAUCAUAAUAUUUAGGUGCACACACUACACAGUGUGUAUUUUGUACAUUUUCAUCCGAAACAGAAUUUGUAUUUUUACCAUAAGUUAUUUGGGACACAGAAUUUGGGGGAUGGCGGGAGUAGCAUGGAUCUCUGAUUAUGAAAAAAAGGCAUUUUUUUCAGCAACUUGUUCACGUCUAUCCUAUAAGAAAUCAAUGGAUAGAUGAACUUUAUCUAGAAGAUGCAUGAAAAUACAGAUAUUCAUUGGGAAAAUUAAAAUGUGUAUGACAAGUACUGAGUACUUUGAACACUGAGGGCAAAUAAAUUACUUCACCUUAAAUGUUAUCAGUUGCUGACAGUCAGCUACAUUUUAUUAAAAGAAUGAAUCUUCAGCAAGUACUGUUUAUAGAAUCUAAAGCUUAUUAAUAUAGUUAAUACAUAAACAUUGUUAAAUCUGUUUACAAACAAUAUUACUUUAAAGAAAGGAAUGUGUUAAUCUGUCAAGGUAUCGUGUUUCAUUUGAAGAUCGUAGCUUUUGGGAUACACUGUCUUCUACCAAGCUAAUUGAUUUCAUGUUCUACUCCCUUGAACAUUAUUCUGAAUGAUGGAAACCUACUAAUUUGAGGAUUAUCCGAUAGUCUUGUAGUGUAAUGAUAAAAACAUCUUACUGAUUUGUUCACUAAAAUAGCCUAACAUACUUAUUAUUCAGUGUAUCUAUGGAUAUAUUUUAAUAUUGGUAGCCUAGGCUGUUUAGGGGGGAAAAGAUUGUAAUUCAAUAGCCAAAAUCUUAGUCCUCAAGUAGGUUUAAAAAAACCAAUGUAUUUUUGAUUGAAGCCUAAAUGUCAGCUAGCAUGAUUCCAUUUCCAUUAUCUAUUGAAAUACAUGCAUAGAAUUUUUUUGUGUUUUUUUUUCAUUAUUAUUGUUUGUUUUUAACAACUCAAAGUUUCUCUAUUAAUAGCACCAGUUACCUUGUCUGGAACUAGGCAAAAAGGUACGUGUUGUUUUCUGAGCUGCUAAGAACAGGGCAGGCAAUGGUGACCACACAUGACUCCAGUCCAUGCAGAAUUACCCAAUAUGUUGUUUUCCACGGUUAGGCAGACUGUUAGGGUCAUACAUGUAUAGAAAUCAAAAGACCUAGCUAUUUGUAUGCAAGGUGCAUUUCUACUGUAUGAGUUUAUUGGGAAUUUGGUGCAUGCAAUAGAUCUGUAAAUGAGGAUUUAAAGGUGUAGAAAACUACAGUUUUCUGUUAUGUUUACCACUAACAGAAAAGAAGCUUGUGAUAAUUUGCUUCGUGCUUCAUCUCAUCCAUUGCAUUGUUAAAUACCCAGAACCUUUUAAUUGCCUCCCUGUUGUACAAUUCCAAGAAAGUAAGUUUUGUUACAUGAAUACUUUUAUGGGGAUACUGACAUUUAUGGUGCAUUGUUAAUGCUUAAAGGAAUUUGAGCUUUAUCUUGAAUGUGAGUUGCAAAUGAUUUCUUAGGAGAUUACAUACAAGUCGUCUUUAUAAAACAAAUAAAAUAAUUUAUAUUUUA